AUGCCGCGACCCGGAAAGGCCCAGACCACGGUCUCGGUUCGCGCCCUCGAUAGGGACCGAGACUCACCUGUAGAAAUUGCCGCCGAAGAAGGCAAACUCAGCGCGGCGCUUCCAUGGAGGCCGCGGUAUCUUCGAUGGCCCGUCUUGGUCAGUUUUGCCUUGGCCUUUGCUACCCUGAUAGCUGUAGCACAGGCCCUUCUCAACUACUCGAACAAGAACGGCGGGUUGGGAUCACCCAGGAGAUAUACGCACUAUUUCUGGCAAUAUGGCGGCACCGUAGUCAUCACCUUACUCCUCGCCACUUGGACUCGGGUAGAGUAUCAAGCUAAAUCCACCACCCCGUGGCGCCGGCUUUUCAAGGGCCCGAUACGAGCAGAACAGAGUUUAUUACUUGACUAUGCUUCUGACUUGCGCAUUGUGGCGAUAUUUAAGGCUUUAGCUAACGGUGACUUCCUUGUCGCCAUCACGGCAUCUAUUACCAUCCUCUUCUGGCUUCUUGUCCUUGUCGCCACCGCCCUCAUCUCACCGGCGUUCAUUGGCAUUUUGAAGCCGUCAACACCCAUCACCCUUCAAACAGUGUUUACCGAAACGAACGCUGGUCUUCAAUCACUCGGCCCCGCGCCUUUUCUUUCCAUGGUCGGCGUCGCACUGACUGAUUUGAGCUUCCCCGACUGCAUUUCCGACACGAUCGCGUAUCAAUCGUUCACGGCCAAUCUACCGGCGUCUGCGAGAUUGGAUGUGGUCGUCGAUGGAUUCACGAGCGCAUUGGAUUGCGAACCAGCGGGGAUUACCCUCGAUAGCCUUCGUUACGUCUCUUCCGGCGCUUAUGCAGUUAUUGGCUUGACGGUUGCGACGGCAUCCUGCUCUAUCAGGAUCGAAGUGGCGACUUCAGCCCUAGCAAAUACAUUACAGGGACACAGCAGCACGUAUAUUCUCUCCUUCCAGCCCGGUUCCUGUGGAGGCUCGGGAUCUCCAGACGACCAGAGGGUUGCCGUCAUCUUCCCCGAGAUCGAUAUCGACCACGACAGCUCAUCAGUCAAUGAUGAUGCUGAGGUGAGGAUCUAUCUUACGCUCUACCCAGGUCCUAUUGGAGACGAGCUCGAGACCAUUGGCACAACCAAGGGCGCGACUUCCCGCCAACUAGCCAACGUUAACGUAGCUGAUUUGAUUGGAGCCCACACGAGGAGCUACCAGUCUGUCGACCAGAAUGGGGUCUCGAAUGGCCCUUAUUCGGAUCCCGCCCAACUCGUCGGCAGCAACACGUUUAUCGAUGCCAACCUUCCAAUGCUUGCAGCCUUGAACUACAAAGCCCGAAGGUCGUCGGCCGCUCCGAGUCUCAGUAAUCUCGAAGACAGCAACUUUCUAUCAAAGAUGGUUGACGAGUACUUUCAGCAGUACAUGGUGUUUAUCGCGCGAGAGGGCUUAUGGAGCCGGCCUCAGAGCCUUCCACAGGGCUGGCUACGGUCAUCAGCGAUAGGCUUGUCCAAAACCCUUCUCCAGGCACUGCGAGGAACUGGCGCUGCGGACGCCCAGGUUCUCCAGGACCGUCUCAAAGACUCUACCUACUCUGUUGGGGUGGAGCCAUAUGAGCGCAAAACCGAGGAUGGUCUGGGUUAUUUUAAAAUUUAUGCCAGCAAUCCCACCGAUGCCGGCGGACCGGCUCCGGUGGGCAAAGCUGAUGGAGGAGGGUUUGUCGAUAUCCGCGACGACGGGGUAUGUCAUAUGCUCUGGACCACGGCCGGCCCUGCUCUCCUAUUGGGUCUCGUUGCCGUGUAUAUCUCCGCCGCGGACUUCUCCCUCAAGGGACUGCUACCCUACGCCAAUCUAGCAAAGGGUGGAUCUUUUGAGCAGUCUGUAGCACUGGACCUGCUUGAUAAGUCUCUCCCUCGCAUUCUCAGGACCUCGUUUGCCACGCGAAGCUUCACCGCCCUGUCAUCUGCGCUUGCCGUUGUUUUCGCCGCCACGCUCGCCAUCUUUUCGGGCACGUUAUUCUCGGCAGUCUCUGUGCCCCUAUCACAAGACCUUGCCAUUCCGACAGUCGAUUUCUUUCCGAGCGCCCUUGCAGAUUCAUCCAACGUGGCACCCGUAAGCUGUGCGACCUGUUCCUCUGCCGCAGACGCUCUAACCGCCUCUCUCAUCCUCGCCGCUAAUUUCUCGUAUCCUCGUUUCACUUUUGAAAAUCUCGUGUUCCAAACACUCGGCCUCGAGGCACCGCCCGAGGAGGUCUCUCUUCUCGAUCAAGAGACAGACGAGGCCAAUGACCCCGAAGAGCUGAUUGCCUCCGUCGUACUCCCCGCUAUUCGGCCCAAGAUGUCGUGCCGGCUCUUCGCCUUUACGGAGCUAGACUUGAAUCUUACGGCUGGAGACUACCGGAUCCAAGGCCGCCGAAAUCCACUUCGUAUUGACGUCCCUGGUGAGAGGUGUUUUGACGGCAAGGGCGGCGACGAAGUGAGCAAUGCUCUGCUAUCGACCAUACCCAACAGUGGCACAAUUGCUAGCGGCGACCUACAGUUCGGACUCUCCCUCUCAGCACGGGACGUGACUCAAUGCUCGGAUUGGCUCUAUAUCUGGGGUAAUCUCGCUGACCCGGGGACAAACGAUACCAGCGUUACCAGUGCGGGGGCCUUGGCAUGUAACGAAACCGUUGAAGUAGUCGACACGACUGUCAACUUUCACGGCCGAAUGUUUGAGAUCAGCCCCAGCGACCCGCCCAUCACGGAUGAAUCGACGGCCCGCGAGUCCCCGAUGGAGUUGGAAACGUUGGCGUAUGAAUCCCUUGUCAAGAUAUCGAGUGACGACCUUCUCGAUCCAUUCUUCAGCCUCCUUGUGAACUCGCGCUACGCCAUCCCCGCGGACGCUCUAUCGACCGAAGGUGAUACCGCUAUGCAAGUAGUGGCUGAUGGCAUAAUUGAGCACCACGGCAUCUUCCGCGCGCAGUCUAUCAAUUCGAAACGGCGGGCCUCGGUUCUCUCCAAUUCCCAGAGGGACCCCAUCACCACGCGCGUCCUUCAAGCCGUCCUAUCCGCCAUGAUUGCCCUCUCGAUCAUCUCUUGGAUGCUAACGCCCUCGUUCAAGAUGGCACACUCGCCGCACUCGAUUGCAUCCACAGUCUCCUUCCUCGCCGACGGCAACAUCUUUGGCUUCCUACCGCGCGGCGCGGAGUGGAUGUCCGAGUCGGACCUGAAACUUGCUUCGUGGGCGCCGGCGGCGCCACGGGCUUCAAGCUGA